AUGUCGAUCGCAACCAGAGCAUAUUUUGACGAAUCCAUUCACUUCUCUAAAGAGGAGGACUCUGUUAAGGAUGGUAUUCGUACUGUUUCUGCAACAAACUACAAGAAAUUAAAGUACCCCAGAUGGGCACCAACUUGGGAUUCUAAGCAGGAAUUGGCCUUCCACAAUCCCAAACCGUUUGCUCAUACGGAUAGGGGCUACUUUGGAGAUCCCUCUUUUGAUUCGCUUUUCAAGGAAACUGGGGCAAAGGCUAAAAAACUUACUCCAAAACUUGGCACCGAGGUUACCGGAAUUCAGCUUAGUAAGUUGACUGACAGACAAAAGGAUGAUUUGGCUUUGCUCGUUGAGCAAAGAGGUGUGGUGGCAUUCAGAUCCCAGGACUUCAAGAAUCUUUCUUUCGAUGAAUUGAAGAAAUGGGGUAGAUACUUUGGUCCGCUUCAUGUUCAUCCAACUUCUGGAGCUCCCUUGGGAGAGUCUGAAUUUCACCUGACUUUUAGACGCGGCGACAAGCUUGAGCAAAAGAGGUUACUUUCCAAAAGGUUGAAUAACAUCUCUUUCCACUCAGAUGUUUCUUACGAAACUCAACCUCCAGGAAUCACCUUGCUAACCAUGUUGCAGACUGAUGCAGGAGGAGACACUCAAUUUGUUGAUAUGAUCGAAGCAUAUGACAGACUUUCGCCAACUUUGAAAAAGUUCAUUGACAAAUUGCAAGUAUCACACACUUCUAAGGAUCAGGCUUGGAAUUCCAAAAAAGAGGGAGGCAUCACCAGGAAACCUUCCAUCGAUUCCAUUCAUCCACUAGUCAGGUACCAUCCAGUCCUCAAAAAGAAGGCAUUAUUCAUAAAUUCGAGCUUCAGUACCAAGAUUUUGGGCUUGAAGGAUGAAGAAUCUGAUUUCUUACUAAGCUUCUUGAUUAACCAUACAGAAUCGUGCUUGGAUGCUCAUAUUCGACCAUCCUGGGAUGAAAACACCGUUGUGGUUUGGGAUAAUCGUCGGCUGAUUCAUACUGCUACUUUGGAUUGGGAUUCCGACUCGAUUAGACACUCAUUCAGACUUACUCCUUUAGCCGAGAGACCCGUUGGAAGCGAGGAAGAGUUCCAAGCCUGGACUCCCGAGAAAGAGGAGGAAAAAAUUAAGCACACAGAGGAAUACUUGCAAUUGACCCCAGAGGAAUACUACAACAAGUUCUAUGCUAACAAAACUUGA